GAGAAGCAGAGCACCGUAACGUGAUCUAUUGUAUAUUUACACAUUUCCUGUUUUCCUUAGCGAGCAUAUCUGUCAAUAAAACGCUGACUAUUCAGAUAUUCUAGGAGACAGCUUCAUUCCUAGAUGACCCAUGCUGGACCAGAGCCAAGAGGACUGACCCAGUCUCUAGAGGUUGUCCUAACUGACCCAGUCUCCAGAGGUUGUCCUAAGUGAACACAGACCACACAAGCGAAGGAGAUGACCCAUCAAGGCCUAUUCCCAUAUCAGCACUGGCACAAGCAAGGCUGUAGUCCAGUCAUACCAUUUUAACUCUCCUGUCUCUGGCGUGAGCUGACGCAUGUCGCGGAUCAGGAGCACGCUCAACACUGUUACUAAAGCAGUAAGUGGCAGCGACCUCCUCUCCAAGAUAUCCCGCCUUAAGCCCAGUGCCGCAUGCGCCCAUGCAGAGGAGGUACUGGCCGAAGCGGAGCCUCUGACUCCAUCUCCAACCCCGGCAGCUAGUGACGCUUCAGCUGCUGCAGUAGACAUGAAGCCACCAGAGCAGGAUCAGACAGUAGGACAGGACCAGAACAAUGGAGAGGAGGGGAAGGAGAAUCAGCCACUUCAGGCUUUAGAGAAACCCUUCAUGGCCAACGUCAAGCCCAAACAGAGCCUCGCUGCGUCAGUGGCUAUAUCCACCGCUAGCUCCUCGUCAGCCAUUGCCAAGCAGACGUUACAGCUGUUCCAACCAGAGGCCCUGUCCACCAACAUGGACGAGACAUACAGCACCCUGUCUCAACACGUCAAUGACUACUUUGGGAGUUGUACAAGUCUAUCAACAGGAGAUGACAAGAAGCCUCACCAUCUAAAUGACAAUGCUCAAGCAUCCACGUCCUCCAAGCCUGCUCUCAGUCCACGCUAUCAGAGUACUAAGAGCGGGGACCACAUCCCUGUUUCAGUGCCUGUGGCAGCUGAGACCAAGGCUAUCCAGGGCAAGGCAGCUACCCCACAACCGACUCCUCCCCUGGAGGAGGUUAGCCCAACCUCGGGUGUUCCCACCCGAGAGAGCCCUGCCACAGAUAGUACUUCCUCCGACCCAGUCACCCAUACCCCCACCCUAACACCCUCUAAAAAAGGGGGGUUUGGGCAGUAUCUGUCUGACCCUCGUCCCAAUGUUCAGGCAUUCUUUGGCAGCUACAUAGCACCCUUGGUACCUAGUAAGUUCAGAGCUGACCCCCAGAGCGUCACAGCAGCAGUUGAAGAGAAGACCACGGAGGCGGCUGUGAGGAAGCCUGGAGAGAAGAUGGAGACUGAGGAGCAGAAGAAGAAUGCUGAAGAGGGGGCCAAGAAACUACUGCUGAGCCAGAGAGAGAAGAUCAUAGCCCGGGUGAGUAUGGACAACAGGACCAGAGCCUUGGUGCAGGGCAUCCAGAAAGCCACAGACAUGAAUAUCCACACCAGCCGUGUGGAGGAGCUUAGCCUGCAUCUUCUGGAGUACCCUGAGACACGCGGUGUGGCCGUCAAGGAGAGGGUGAUCCCGUGCCUGUUGCGUCUGAGGCAGACCAGGGACCCCAGGCUGCAGGCUGCAGUGAGAGAGGCCCUGGCCCUGGUGGGAUACACAGACCCUGUGAAGGGCCAGGGUAUACGGAUCCUGGCCAUCGAUGGAGGGGGGACCAGGGGACUGGUAGCUCUGCAGACCCUACACAAACUGCAGACACUGACGGGCAAACCCAUCUACCAGCUGUUUGACUACAUCUGUGGGGUCAGCACAGGUGCCAUCCUGGCCUUCAUGUUGGGGGUGUUCCAGAUUCCUCUGGAUGAUUGUGAGGAACUCUACAGGAAGCUGGGUUCUGAUGUGUUCAAACAGAACGUCAUCGUGGGAACCGUCAAGAUGGGCUGGAGCCACGCCUUCUACGACAGCCAGAUCUGGGAGAACAUCCUCAAGGAGAGAAUGGGAGAAGGCCUCAUGGUCGAGACAGCCCGGGAUCCAAAAUGCCCAAAGGUGUCAGCAGUGAGCACCAUAGUGAACAGGGGUCUGCCUCUGAAGGCCUAUGUGUUCAGGAACUACAGCAUGCUACCAGGGGUCAGGUCCCACUACAUAGGAGACUGUAAACACAAGAUGUGGCAGGCCAUCAGAGCCUCCUCCGCCGCCCCAGGGUACUUCCAGGAGUAUACACUGGGAAAAGACCUGCACCAGAUGUCCUGGAGGGCAGGCAGUGUGCCCCCAGUUAAUGCGUUGGGCUGA